ACACACUCUAUCACGGACAUAAUACGUCCUGACGUCAUUUUAGGCUGAGUUCCGUUAUAAGUAACACAUGUGAUGGAGAAGUUUAAUCAGUUUCCACAGAACAGGCGUUUCUAAGACAGUUUUACUCUCAGCCCCACGACUUGAGAUACACAUCAACUGAAACACAAGAUGAGAACGUGGAUUAUCCUGGUAGCAUGCAGUAUAGCCACUGUGACCACUUUACCUCGGUACAAACGGCGACCAUAUGAGCUUUCAGAUGGAGCCGAGGAUCUAGUUGGAGAUUUCCAAACUACGUUUUCGUGCCCUGGGAAUGGCUAUUUUGCUGACGUGGACAACAACUGUCAAACAUACCACCUCUGUCAGAGGGUCACUUACGUUAAUGGUCAAUCGAAGGUUUUGCAAUGGAGAUUCCUGUGUGGAAAUAUUACAGUUUUUAACCAAUUAACCUUAACCCGCAGUUUUCCAGAUGAAGUGGUACAGUGUGCUAAGGCUAAAUACUUUUUUUACCUUAAUGAUAACAUCGGUCUUGAAGACGCUCUCUUUCAGUCAGAACCGGAUGUAGAAAAGGCAGGUCCGUUACUAGUAGAAAUACUUUAUCUGGUUAACAGGAAGCCCGAAACAGAAGUUCCUGUUGCAGCUGAUCUUCCUCCAGAUAUACGUAUUCUUGCGGACUUUCCAGUAGGACAAGUUAUGGAGAAAGUACCGGAAGACGUGGAAACACCAUCGGAUGUGAUGCAAGGAAAAAACAGCGUUACAUAGAAAAGCAAGAACGGAACAUGAAAUAUAUAUUACAUAUGGCAUAUAUUUCUGCUCUGUUAUCAUAUGUGCUACCUGUGGCUACAUAUUUAUAUACAAAUUAUGAAUAAACUUACUUUAUUCAUAAAUGUU